AUGGCUACGUUUAAGCAGGAAGAAAACAAGGAGAACAUCAUGGAGGUGGAUAUAGACAAGAAAAGUGAGGAGGAGGAAGAUGAUGAUAUGGAGGGCUUGGGUAUGAAAGCCAAAGCUUUGACAAAGCUUCUCCAGACUAGCUCGGUGUUUGUAGCUAUUAUGGCUGAUAAAAUGAAGGAGCAACAGAAAAAGCAACAAGAACAGGCAAAGAGACAAGCUACCAAGGAGAAAAAUCUAGCCGAGAAGCAACAAGCAGUAACUGCAUCCACGAACAAACGGUCCACAAGAGCAAGCGAGAAAAAAGCUCCAGCUGAUUCAAGUAAAGGAUCCCAGAAUACCCAAGAGAAAAAAUCUAGUUCCAUGAAGCUACCUACGCGAGGAACAUCUGGGAAAGCUACAAAAGCCUCCAAAGGUGAUAUCACGAGCUACUUCAAGCAAGCCAAAGUCGAAGUAGCAGAGGACAAACCAACUGUACAAGAGGCUUUGGCACAAGCUGCUGACGAAUUUGAAGCAAAGCCCUCUGCUUUAGGUGAGCAGGAAGAUCUAACUGCAACCCAGCAACCCUCCUUAAUCACAGGAGGGAAGAUGAGAAAGUAUCAACUUGAAGGGCUGGAGUGGAUGAAGUCUCUUUGGAUGAAUGGACUUUGUGGUAUCUUGGCGGACGAGAUGGGUCUCGGAAAGACGGUGCAAGCCAUCUCCUUAAUAGCGUUCUUUAAAGAACAUAAUAUCCCCGGGCCGUUUUUGAUUGCUGCGCCACUGAGCACAGUCAGCAAUUGGGUUAAUGAGUUUGCUCGUUGGACCCCAUCUAUCAAUACAGUUCUUUACCAUGGAACCAAAGAACAACGUAGCGAGAUUCGACGAAAACAGAUGAAAAACCAGGACCAGAGAGCGCCGGAUUUCCCAGUUGUCUGUACCUCGUAUGAAAUCUGCAUGAAUGAUCGAAAGUUCCUUGCUAACUACCAAUGGAAGUACAUCAUUGUGGAUGAGGGUCACCGUCUGAAGAAUAUGAACUGCAAGUUGAUCAAAGAGCUCCUGACAUACCCAUCUGCAAAUCGACUGCUCAUAACUGGAACACCUCUGCAGAACAAUAUUGCUGAGCUAUGGUCACUGCUUCAUUUUCUGCUACCCGAGAUAUUCAAUGAUUUGGAUAACUUCCAAAGCUGGUUUGAUUUUUCAUCUGUUCUUGAUGAUUCUGAUCAGAAUGCAGUCAACGAGAGACGGAGACGCAAUCUUGUGUCUACAAUGCAUGCCAUUCUCAAGCCAUUCUUGCUACGGCGAGUAAAGACGGAUGUUGAAUCAUCACUCCCGAAGAAAAGGGAAUAUAUCUUGUACGCGCCACUGACACCGGAGCAGAAGGAGCUAUAUGUCCAGAUAGUGAACGGAACGAGCCGUCAGUACCUGGAAGAGAAGGCCGCUGAGCGAAUAGAAGCUAGGAACGGCUCAGCGAAACAAUCAAGAACGCGCAGCUUGAAGAGAGGCGCAAGCGGCAGUGAGCUAAGCACGCCCAACAAGAGUGCAAAAUCUAGCCGUGACUCUACACCGACUAGGGCUCGGCGUCGAGGCAGAUCCAAAAACUACAAGGAAGAGUCUGAUAGAGAUUUCAAUAGUAAGCUAGCUAGGCUAGAGAAGGGUAUACAGGAGGAAGCCCCUGAGGAGAGCGAGCUUAGUGAGGGGGAGAUGGAUGAAAUCGAGAGAGCAAAAACCAUGAAGCUAGCCAGUACGUAUACCUGCUACUUUGAUUUGAGAAUAAUGGUUCGCUCUAACUUAUCCACUAUAGAAAAAGAGAUAUCCUCUAAAAAGCUCCAGAAUCCGGUCAUGCAGGCCCGACUGGUGUGCAAUUCCCCGCUCAACUUCUACUGGCCAUGGGGAGAAGACUCAGGGGUGGACUCAACACUCAUCACAUCUUCUGGCAAGAUGCUUCUUCUAGAUCGUCUUGUGCCCUGUCUUAUAUCCAAGGGACACAAAAUCCUAAUCUUCUCUCAAUUUAAAGGUCAACUUGAUAUCCUUGAGGACUGGGCUACACAGCUCCGAUCCUGGAACUGCUGUCGAAUCGACGGUGCAAUUGCACAAGCUGAUCGACAGGAACAGAUAAAUUCGUUUAACAACGAUCCCGACUACAGAAUAUUUCUGCUAAGCACCCGAGCAGGGGGGCAAGGCAUCAACCUCACUGCCGCUGACACCGUUAUUCUGUUCGAUUCUGACUGGAACCCGCAACAGGAUCUCCAGGCCCAGGACCGAGCUCACAGAAUCGGCCAGACGAAGCCAGUGAUUGUCUACCGGCUAGCUACCAGGGGAACCAUUGAACAGACUCUUCUUGAGCGAGCUGGUUCCAAACGCCGGCUGGAGAAACUAGUCAUUCAAAAGGGAAAAUUUAAAAGCCUGCUUGAUUCUACGAGUUCUUCCAACCCUCAGCGUCAGGUGGAUGAGCUAAAGAAGAUAUUCGGAGACGAAGACAUUGAAGUGUUUGACAUCGGCGCCGAAACCACAUCUGAGGCUCUACUUUCAGAGAAAGAUCUAGAGAUAUUAACAGACCGUAGCGACGAGGCGUACUCGGACCAACGGAUGAACGAGAGCGGGCGUGCGUUUGCUGCUGUCAAGGCGAAUACGGAUGCAGACGAGAUCAUGGCGGACAUCACCAGUAAAUAA